AUGAUGAUGAUGAUGAUGAUGAUGAUGAUGAUGAUGAUGAUGAUGAUGAUGAUGAUGAUGCUUUGGAUGAUGAUGAUGAUGAUGAUGAUGAUGAUGAUGAUGAUGAUGAUGAUGAUGAUGAUGAUGAUGAUGAUGAUGAUGAUGAUGAUGAUGAUGAUGAUGAUGAUGAUGAUGAUGAUGAUGAUGAUGAUGAUGAUGAUGAUGAUGAUGAUGAUGAUGAUGAUGAUGAUGAUGAUGAUGAUGAUGAUGAUGAUGAUGAUGAUGAUGAUGAUGAUGAUGAUGAUGAUGAUGAUGAUGAUGAUGAUGAUGAUGAUGAUGAUGAUGAUGAUGAUGAUGAUGAUGAUGAUGAUGAUGAUGAUGAUGAUGAUGAUGAUGAUGAUGAUGAUGAUGAUGAUGAUGAUGAUGAUGAUGAUGAUGAUGAUGAUGAUGAUGAUGAUGAUGAUGAUGAUGAUGAUGAUGAUGAUGAUGAUGAUGAUGAUGAUGAUGAUGAUGAUGAUGAUGAUGAUGAUGAUGAUGAUGAUGAUGAUGAUGAUGAUGAUGAUGAUGAUGAUGAUGAUGAUGAUGAUGAUGAUGAUGAUGAUGAUGAUGAUGAUGAUGAUGAUGAUGAUGAUGAUGAUGAUGAUGAUGAUGAUGAUGAUGAUGAUGAUGAUGAUGAUGAUGAUGAUGAUGAUGAUGAUGAUGAUGAUGAUGAUGAUGAUGAUGAUGAUGAUGAUGAUGAUGAUGAUGAUGAUGAUGAUGAUGAUGAUGAUGAUGAUGAUGAUGAUGAUGAUGAUGAUGAUGAUGAUGAUGAUGAUGAUGAUGAUGAUGAUGAUGAUGAUGAUGAUGAUGAUGAUGAUGAUGAUGAUGAUGAUGAUGAUGAUGAUGAUGAUGAUGAUGAUGAUGAUGAUGAUGAUGAUGAUGAUGAUGAUGAUGAUGAUGAUGAUGAUGAUGAUGAUGAUGAUGAUGAUGAUGAUGAUGAUGAUGAUGAUGAUGAUGAUGAUGAUGAUGAUGAUGAUGAUGAUGAUGAUGAUGAUGAUGAUGAUGAUGAUGAUGAUGAUGAUGAUGAUGAUGAUGAUGAUGAUGAUGAUGAUGAUGAUGAUGAUGAUGAUGAUGAUGAUGAUGAUGAUGAUGAUGAUGAUGAUGAUGAUGAUGAUGAUGAUGAUGAUGAUGAUGAUGAUGAUGAUGAUGAUGAUGAUGAUGAUGAUGAUGAUGAUGAUGAUGAUGAUGAUGCUUUGGAUGAUGAUGAUGAUGAUGAUGAUGAUGAUGAUGAUGAUGAUGAUGAUUAUGAUGAUGAUGAUGAUGAUGAUGAUGAUGAUGAUGAUGAUGAUGAUGAUGAUGAUGAUGAUGAUGAUGAUGAUGAUGAUGAUGAUGAUGAUGAUGAUGAUGAUGAUGAUGAUGAUGAUGCUGAUGAUGAUGAUGAUGAUGAUGAUGAUGAUGAUGAUGAUGAUGAUGAUGAUGAUGAUGAUGAUGAUGAUGAUGAUGAUGAUGAUGAUGAUGAUGAUGAUGAUGAUGAUGAUGAUGAUGAUGAUGAUGAUGAUGAUGAUGAUGAUGAUGAUGAUGAUGAUGAUGAUGAUGAUGAUGAUGAUGAUGAUGAUGAUGAUGAUGAUGAUGAUGAUGAUGAUGAUGAUGAUGAUGAUGAUGAUGAUGAUGAUGAUGAUGAUGAUGAUGAUGAUGAUGAUGAUGAUGAUGAUGAUGAUGAUGAUGAUGAUGAUGAUGAUGAUGAUGAUGAUGAUGAUGAUGAUGAUGAUGAAGCGAAAUGAUACGUAG